ACACGUCAACCGGAGAACAUGAUGCCUCUCUGCGAGUCAACGCGUACGCUCCGUGGCUGAUAGAGGCACCUCCAGCUGAAACAUUAGAGCCGUAUUGUAGCGGAGGACGUGCCGAGUGUGUUUGUGUGUGAACCUGUCAACAAAUGGCCUGCUGCUUCUCCUUCUUGUCGCCGGACUGAGUGUGGCGCUCAGGCCGACACAUAUCAACUUUGUCUCGGUUUUCUUUAAUGGACGCGCUUCGAGCGGCGGAGGCAGCGGCAGCAGCAGCGGCGGCGGACAGUUUGUUUGACUUUGCUCCUUAUCUAUAGCUGCUCAAGCAACCAAGCAAGCCCGCGUGUGUGCGAGAAAGAGUGAGCACCCCUCCACCACCACCCCUAGCCCCACCACCACCACCACAGUGUGUCCCCCUCUGCUUCGUCUGGCCGCCUCCUCCUCGUCUACAAACAGUCAUAUUUAGACCAGCAUGGUCAUGGCUGACAGUGUCCAGAAACCGCUGAUCCGGGGUCCCGUCCGAGUGGGCUUCUACGACAUCGAGCGCACGUUAGGAAAGGGCAAUUUCGCUGUGGUGAAGCUGGCGCGACACCGUAUUACCAAGACCGAGGUGGCCAUUAAAAUCAUUGAUAAGACCCAACUGGAUGCUGUCAACCUGGAGAAGAUCUACAGAGAAGUUCAGAUCAUGAAGAUGCUUGACCACCCCCACAUCAUCAAACUCUACCAGGUGAUGGAGACGAAGAACAUGCUUUACUUAGUCACGGAGUAUGCCAAGAAUGGGGAGAUUUUUGACUACCUGGCAAAGCACGGCCGCCUCAGUGAGCUGGAGGCCAGGAGGAAGUUCUGGCAGAUCCUGUCGGCAGUCGAGUACUGUCACAACCGCAACAUCGUCCACAGGGAUCUGAAGGCAGAGAAUCUGCUGCUGGAUGGCCACAUGAACAUCAAGAUUGCAGAUUUUGGAUUCGGGAACUUCUUCCAGCCGGGGGAGCCUCUGGCCACAUGGUGCGGCAGCCCACCUUAUGCUGCUCCAGAGGUUUUUGAGGGACAGCAGUAUGAGGGCCCGCAACUCGACAUCUGGAGUAUGGGGGUGGUGCUCUAUGUGCUGGUGUGUGGUGCGUUGCCCUUCGAUGGGCCCACUCUCCCUGUGCUCAGACAGAGAGUCCUGGAAGGAAGGUUUCGAAUCCCCUACUUCAUGACUGAGGACUGUGAGCACCUGAUACGCAGGAUGUUGGUCCUGGACCCAUCAAAGCGUCUGUCUGUGGCCCAGAUUAAGGAGCACAAGUGGAUGGCUCUGGAUGUUCCGGUACAGAGGCCUGUCCUGUACCAACAGCCACUGCCCGCUGAGGCUCAGGCGGCUGUAGGAGAAUACAGUGAGCAGGUCCUCCGCCUGAUGCACAGCCUCGGCAUCGACCAACACAAGACUAUAGAGUCUCUGCAGAACAAAAGCUACAACCACUUUGCUGCAAUCUACUACCUGCUGGUGGAGCGACUCAAGGCCCAUCGAUGCAGCUUCCCCGUUGAACAGAGACUCGAUGCCCGCCAGCGUCGGCCAAGCACCAUCGCUGAGCAGACUGUCGUCAAGUCAACCAGCGGAUCAGCCCAGGUGGGUUUGCUCCCGCAGGGUGUUCGUCUGUUGCGCUCCCCCGCUGUUCCCCAAGCCUCCUCUGAAGCUUUCACUUUCCCCCAGACUGCCUCUCCCCUCGAGCAGAAUUUCAUGGUGGAGGAUGUUAACACACCCAAAGUGAAUGGCUGCAUGCUGGACCCCCUGCCUCCCACCACUGUCCUCCACAAGUCCUCCACCUCGUCACCUAGCAACAUGAUGGAGACAUCCAUCGAUGAAGGCAUCGAGACUGAGGAGCCUGAUACAGAUGAUGAUCCAGCCCACUUGCUCUCGGCCUAUCAGACGGCGCGGUUUGGCCAGCGGCGACACACCCUCUCUGAGGUCACUAAUCAGCCCAACCAAGGCAAGUUAUUCACUCUAGGCCACAACCCCUCCAUGGGUAGUGUGGACUCGGACAUCGGCUAUGACAUGGGCUCCAUGCACAGUGACCUUGGUCUCCUGGAAGAUCCGCCCUCUCUCAGUGAAGUGGUACAGGCCAACAGCUCUGCGUCUUGUGUCACUCCUACGCCUUUCUUAAACACUCGGCCUCCCAACCCUGCAAUGGCCGCCCUGACUUCCCAGCAUCGGGAGACGCAUAACCGCUCUCCUAUCAGCUUCAGAGAAGGACGCCGUGCCUCGGACACCUCCCUCACCCAAGGUUUGAACCACCAUAUAUAUUUCGAAGUAUGGAAAAGGUCUCACUGAAAAGCCUCAGUUAAUCCCAACACAAAGGCAGUCACGUGACAUUUUGACAAGUUCUCUGUAGAGAGUGCUGUAAAACAUUCUUUGACAUAUGGAAAUUUACUGUCAGAAGUCGGAAGAGUCACGACAGACGAUGCCGUGAUAUCACUGAUCAGUCAUACACAAGUGUCAAUUAAAUCCCAGUAUGAUGUAUGAGGUGU